CACUCCUAUUAACUGUCUGGAUCCACGUCUUCAGGCAGGUGUAUUCCUGAGCUUUGGAGAUGGCAGGCUGAAAGCCAUGGCUCUUGAGUCUACAACAAGCCAAGCGUACGAGGAACAGCACGUACACUCGGUCUACGAACAGAUCGCUUCCCAUUUCUCCUCAACCCGAUACAAGCCAUGGCCGAUCAUUGAGCGCUUCCUCAGAAAUCUUUCUGAUGGCUCAGUGGGGCUAGAUGUAGGCUGCGGCAACGGCAAGUAUCUAGCUGUCAAUCGCAACAUCUUCAUCAUAGGCUCGGACAGGUAGGUCGAACACUGCACUUCUUCUCUAUUUCCUUUCAUUCUGUUGAUGCCAGAUCAGGUCCACCAACCUGGUCAGCAUCGCCACCCGUCAUCAACCACACUCAGUCAUCGUGGCGGACAUCCUAGAUCUGCCAC